GCGCGGUGGGAAGUCGCUUUACCAGGAUAGCAGCUCCACCCCAACUUUUAGCUCCAUUCUAGUCCCGGGAAUCUGCCGAGAUUCUCGUCGGGGUUGUUGAUCCACGGACUGCUGCUCUGCUCCGACUCUGAGGCGCCGCGACUGUUUUUGAGCUUUAAACUAUUCCGUAUCUGUGAUAUUUAAGCCCAGAGGAAAGCCUUUUAUUCUACCUUCGAUCAGCAGGAAGAGACAGUCUGUGAACAAACUCCAUCAUGAACUGGGCAUUCCUCCAAGGCUUGCUCAGUGGCGUGAACAAGUACUCCACAGCCUUUGGUAGAGUGUGGCUGUCCAUUGUGUUCCUCUUCAGGAUCAUGGUGUUUGUGGUGGCGGCUGAGAAGGUGUGGGGAGACGAGCAGAAGGACUUCAAAUGCAACACGGCUCAGCCAGGAUGCCACAACGUCUGCUACGACCACUUCUUCCCAGUGUCCCAUGUCAGGCUGUGGGCCCUGCAGCUCAUCUUCGUCACCUGCCCCUCGUUCCUGGUGGUGAUGCAUGUGGCCUACAGGGAGGACAGGGAGAAAAAGCACAGGGAAAAGUAUGGCGAAAACUGCCGCCGAAUCUACAUGAACACUGGGAAGAAACGCGGGGGUCUGUGGUGGACCUACGUCCUCACGCUGCUUUUCAAAAUAGGGGUGGACGUGACCUUCGUCUACCUUCUCUACCACAUCUACGAGGGGUACGACUUCCCCUCUCUAAUCAAGUGCAAAGAGGUGCCGUGUCCCAACACAGUGGACUGCUUCAUCUCUCGGCCGACUGAGAAGAAAAUCUUCACCCUCUUCAUGGUGGUCACCAGCCUGGUCUGCGUCCUGCUCUCCAUCUUCGAGAUCGUCUACCUGGUGGGAAAACGCCUCCACGAGUGUGUCACCGGGGACCAUCACUCAAAUCGCAUGACCAACACGCUGUCCAACGGAUCCAGUCUGAUGGAAUCGAUUAAACAUACGGGGAAAAAAACACCCGAAACGCCCGCACCCUCGUACAGCGUAGCUGUAUCGUGAGACACGAGAGCGAAGACUUUCUGAAAACGCACAAAGACGGCGAGGAAGCAAAGCUGGCACUCCUUGCUGCCUGAUAAAGACUUGUUGGUAUAAAGCACCUCAAAGACUGAAUUUUUGUACAGAGUUUUCAUUUCUGGAUCAUUUUAUGUGUCAUGCUGUUGGUAAAUACAGUGUAUUUUAACUGAAAAAGCUCUACUGCUGUUUUAAAGAGAAAAAAAAAAAAAAAAAUCCCAUAUGUCGCUUUGUCUGAUUUAGGCUUGGGACCAGAAGUGUGAGUCACUCCUUGGUUUGGCAAGUUUUACCACCACAUGUGGUUCUUCUGUGUAAGAUUUUCCCUGUGCUUCUGCCCAACCUCAAAUGUUCAGCCUGCUGAGAGUCCUCCCCUUUCCCUCAGAGCCUGACAUUGGACACUUUUCAUGGAUAUUACUUGUUUUUUCUAUUAGUGUUGUUGUGUUUUCCUGCUUUCUGUGUUUAUGCUGGGGGCAAGAAUGUGGUUUUCAUAAACACAGCUGAUCAGGAUGUGAAUAAUUUACAUUCGACCUCACUGCAUAUGUGUUAAUAUUUUGUAAUAAAUGUUAUUUUAUGUUUUAAAA